GGCAUCCCAGAGAGAAGGGAACCCCUGAAACCUGGUGGGGCAAAAAGUCCCUCAGGUUCCCUCUCCCCCCACACCUCCCCCCUUUCCCUCCUGGACCCACUGGUGUGAGACCCGGACUUGCUGGCGCUCAGCCAAGCUUCCUUCCAGCUCCUGACUGAGCCUGCAGAGGAGAUCCUUCCCUCUACCCCACCAACCGCAUCUCAUGCCUUUACCCAGUUCACAGAGGGGAAAAUGAGGCGAGAGGGAAAGACACCGGGAAAAGCCAGUGAAGGGUCGCGAAAACUCUGGAGUCCAGAUUUUCUUUGUGUGCCAACCCCUGCACUCCCCCUGCUUUUUUGUUACAGUUUCCCACACUCUAAUCUUUCCGAUUGGGAAGGUGACUCCACUGUGGGCCCCACCCGCGAGUCCCGCGGCACAUCGCCCCUUUAAGGGGCCGGCCUCUCGCCUCCCUGACCUCGCCCCGCCCCCUCCGGGGCCACACUGCGCCUGCGUGGCGAGCCGGAGCCCUGGGGUUGGGCAAAGCUCGGUUCCGUGCAACUUUCAAGUGAGUUGCGAACUCCGCCCUGUAGGCCGGUGCUGGUGGCCCGGCGCGCUGGAACCGCGGCGACCCGCUCCAGCGCGGGACCAGCAGCAAGGGCCGAGCGCCAGGUUCUCCGCGGCAGAAAGGGCGGGUGGGAGCUGUAACUGCCCCGGCCGCGGGGCGCGCCCGCUCCCAAGUCGGCUUCCUCCCUGCCGGGGCCGCUUUGCCUCGGGUCUCCCCAUUCUCCAGGUCCCCUGAACUGCACAGUCGGAGGCCGUGGGCGGCGGGCUCUGCCUCCGCCGAGGGACAGCCGGAUCGCCCCUCUGCUUCCCGCAACUGCCCUGAUCACCCCCCGUCCCAGCCCUUGAGUGAACGUCCUUCUGAGCGGCUUUCUGGGGUCCUCCCCACGUCCCAAAGGCCGGCAAGAUGGUGUCCUGGAUGAUCUGUCGCCUGGUGGUGCUGGUGUUUGGGAUGCUGUGUCCAGCUUAUGCUUCCUAUAAGGCUGUGAAGACCAAGAACAUUCGUGAAUAUGUGCGGUGGAUGAUGUACUGGAUUGUUUUUGCACUCUUCAUGGCAGCAGAGAUCGUUACAGACAUUUUUAUCUCCUGGUUCCCUUUCUACUAUGAGAUCAAGAUGGCCUUCGUGCUGUGGCUGCUUUCACCCUACACCAAGGGCGCCAGCCUGCUUUACCGCAAGUUUGUCCACCCGUCCCUGUCCCGCCAUGAGAAGGAGAUCGACGCGUACAUUGUGCAGGCCAAGGAGCGCAGCUACGAGACCGUGCUCAGCUUCGGGAAGCGGGGCCUCAACAUUGCCGCCUCCGCUGCUGUGCAGGCUGCCACCAAGAGUCAGGGGGCGCUGGCCGGCAGACUGCGGAGCUUUUCCAUGCAGGACCUCCGCUCCAUCUCUGACGCGCCUGCCCCUGCCUACCAUGACCCCCUCUACCUGGAGGACCAGGUGUCCCACCGGAGGCCACCCAUUGGGUACCGGGCCGGGGGCCUGCAGGACAGCGACACCGAGGAUGAGUGUUGGUCAGAUACUGAGGCAGUCCCCCGGGCGCGAGCCCGGCCCCGAGAGAAGCCCCUAAUCCGCAGCCAGAGCCUGCGUGUGGUCAAGAGGAAGCCACCGGUGCGGGAGGGCACCUCGCGCUCCCUGAAGGUUCGGACGAGGAAAAAGACUGUGCCCUCAGACGUGGACAGCUAGGGUCUGCUGCAUCUGCCCCCUUCUUACCUCAUGCCCUGCAGGGCUCCAGGGCUAUUUGGAGGGACCUUGGGCUGCACAUCUGGCCUGUCUGCACCAGCUGCCUGGGCCCCGCCCUCCUGACUCCUGCUGAUGGUUAAGGGCCGGGAGCAGAUGCUGCCAAGGCCACAUGCAGGGAUGCACCCACAAUGUACCAAAGCAGGCUGGGCCCAGGGUUCUAUUUAUUGCCUUGCUCUGCCCUCUCCCUUCCCCGGUUGUGGGACAAGAGCCCUCCCUGAACCCCUGCAAAUGAAACCAAAUGUCCACCUGGGUGUGUUCAUUCCUUCCUGUCCUUCAAAGUACUUGAUAGCCUUUCAUAAGGCCUGGCACGUGUGUCCUGGUUGUGUUUGUGUGUGUUGGUGAGUGAGGUCAGGUUUGCGAAUGUUUUGAUAAAUAAAUACAUAAAGGGGU